GACGGGCCGGGGGUCCAUGCUCGCGGCCUCCUCCCCGGCCGGCGCCUGCCACUGACGGCGGUGGGGCUGGGGGGCGGGCGCCCGGCCUCCUGCCCACCCCCUGGCGUCCGCACCCGGGCCGUCCGGGGGCUGCCCCUGCCCGCGCCCCCCUCGCCGGCCAGGCUCUGGAAGGACCCCGCAGCUGCCGCCGGCGUCAGCCCAUGGCCCGGAGGUACGAUGAGCUGCCCCACUACUCAGGCAUCGUGGACAGCAGCGCAGCCCUGGCCGGCUUCUCGGAGGCAGUGCCCUCAGCACCGAGAGCCCCCGGGCCCUACGGCCCGCAACGGCCUCCCCAGCCCCUGCCCCCAGGCUUGGACAGCGACAGCCUGAAGAGGGAGAAGGAUGAGAUCUAUGGACACCCGCUCUUCCCCCUCCUGGCGCUGGUCUUUGAGAAAUGCGAGCUGGCCACAUGCUCCCCCCGCGAUGGGGCCGGGGCUGGGCUGGGCGCACCGCUGGGCAGCGAUGUCUGCUCCUCCGAUUCCUUCAACGAGGACAUCGCUGCCUUUGCCAAGCAGGUCCGCUCCGAGAGGCCCCUCUUCUCCUCCAACCCAGAGCUGGACAAUCUGAUGAUCCAGGCCAUCCAGGUGCUCAGGUUCCACCUGCUCGAGCUGGAGAAGGUCCACGACCUGUGCGACAACUUCUGUCACCGCUACAUCACCUGCCUCAAGGGAAAGAUGCCCAUCGACCUGGUCAUCGAGGAUCGGGAUGGCGGCUGCAGGGAGGAUCUAGAGGACUACCCAGCCUCCUGCCCCAGCCUCCCGGACCAGAAUAAUAUAUGGAUUAGAGACCAUGAGGAUAGUGGGUCUGUACAUUUGGGGACCCCAGGUCCAUCCAGCGGGGGCCUGGCCUCCCAGAGCGGAGACAACUCCAGUGACCAAGGAGAUGGGCUGGACACAAGUGUGGCCUCUCCCAGCUCUGGGGGAGAGGACGAGGAGUUGGACCAGGAGCGGCGGCGGAACAAGAAAAGAGGCAUUUUCCCCAAGGUGGCCACCAACAUCAUGAGAGCCUGGUUGUUCCAGCAUCUCUCGCACCCGUACCCCUCGGAGGAGCAGAAGAAACAGCUGGCGCAGGACACGGGGCUCACCAUCCUGCAAGUCAACAACUGGUUCAUCAACGCCCGGAGACGGAUCGUGCAGCCGAUGAUCGACCAGUCCAACCGCACAGGGCAGGGUGCCGCCUUCGGCCCAGAGGGCCAGCCCCUGGCGGGCUACACCGAGUCGCAGCCGCAUGUGACAGUCCGGCCACCGGGAUCGGUGGGGAUGAAUUUGAACUUGGAAGGAGACUGGCAUUACCUAUAGAGGCUGGAUUCAGAAGUAGGAGAAGACUGAGGCUCAGAGAGAAGAGGUCACUUCUGCAGGUCCACUUUGCUCAGAAUAGCAGAGGGAACAGCAUGUGCAAAGGCCCAGAGUGGGGAGGCAGCCUGGAGUUUCUAAAGCACAGAUCAGAUCUUGACUCUCCCUGGAUUAAACCCUUCUGUGGCUCCCUAGUGCCCUCUGGACAAAGUCCAGACUCUUUAGUUCAGCAUCCAUCCAUCUACCCACCCAUUCAUUCAUUUAAUACACAUCUUCUGAGCCCCUCUGUGCCAAGCCCUGUGUUGGGUGAUGCUGGGGACACAACAGUGACCACAACAGCCCCAGCCCUGCGGGGCUUACAGUCCAGCAGGGGAGAAAGGCCCAUCCCCAGGCAGUGGUGACCCAGAGUGGGCAGGGCUGGGAUGUGGAAGCCCAGGAGAGACAGGAGCCCAGAGGGGACAUUGGACCCAGGCUUUGGGAGAGGGGGAUGGUUCAGGGAGGGCUUCCUGGAAGAGGGGGCAUCAGACCCAGGCUGGAGGAUUCAAGGAGGGCUGCCUGGAGGAGAGGACUUUGGAGAUGAGAUCAGGAGAGUGGGAGGAGUGGGGCAGGAGAGGAGUGUCUAGCAGGAGACGCACAUCCGUGAAGACCCCGGCACCUGGAGAUCUCCUGGCUGGGAGACAGCCCCCGUCUCUCAGCACACAGAGGAGGGGAAGGACUUGGGCUG